GGAUUGCCAAUGAAAAUUCAUUGGCAUCGUCCAAUCCCAUUUGUGAUGGGUAAUUCUCUUACUCCUUUCCUGGAAGAAAGUCGUGAAACGGUCAGGUAUCUGAGAGCUCUGCAUACAACAUUUAUCCAUGCCAAUAUGGCAGAUAUCGUGUUCUCCAGUCGUGCAUACUUUAAAAUUAUAUUACACGCAACUAAAUAUCCUCAUUGUGCAAUAAAUGGUUUAUUGUUGGCAAAACAAAAGAGUAAAAGCGAUGCCAAAUCUGCAGAAUUACGAAUCGAGGAUGCGAUUCCUCUGUUUCACAUCUGUCUUCAUGUCUCGCCUAUGGCAGAAAUCGCUUUAACGAUGGUGGAUCAAUAUGCUACGAGUAAAGGUUUAGUAAUUGCUGGCUAUUAUCUUGCAAAUGAAACUAUACAUGAUCUGAGUACAGAUAAACCAGCCCACAGAAUUGCAGACAAAAUAGUAGAAAACUAUGGGAAUGGUCUGCUUGUUGUGGUAGACAAUAAGCACAUAACAUUCGAAAUGUACUUGAAUACUUUAAGAGUAUCACAAUACGUAGAUGGUAAAUGGAAGCUCAAAGACAUAAUGGAUGUAUCGUACGACGAAGGAGUAAUCAACACAAAUUUCCUAUAUUUCUUAUUGACAGCAGAGAUGUACAAAAAUCUUGUUGACUUUGACAAUCACCUUGAUAAUAUUUCCCUCGAUUGGCAAAAUAAUACACUUAAUAAAAUUAUAGAUGGAGCUGCAAAAAUACACAAAAAUGAAAGCAUUUCUUAAUCGAGUGUAUGCCAAUUAAUUUAAUACAUAGAACUAUACAAAUAUUUAUCUAUAUGUGCUGAUCAUUGAUUGAUACUAAAAAAAAAAACAAUAGUACAAUCUAGUUAGUUGAAUUUUAUGUUUCGUGUCUUAUAUUUAUUGUUCUUAUUGAUUAAUUUAUCUUUAGAGCAGUUCACUGCAUGAGAUACAUAUUUUUUAAUUUGGUUAUUGUUAAAAAAAGUGCAAAAUAUUAUGCAAUAAAUUUCUUAUAGAAUAUA